AUGCAUAUCGGACGACAUGAAUCGAUAUCAGCCGUACUAACAAAUGGAAACGUUUUAAUGAUUGGUGGAGCUAAUGACCGUGGUAUUCUAAAUAGUACUGAAUUGUAUGAUCCAUCGUCAGGAGCAUGGACAACUGUUGACAGUAUGAAUGAUGUACGAUUUUUGCACACCAUAUCUGUAUUACUCGAUGGAAGAGUUUUAGUUACUGGUGGAGUUAGCAGUGGUGCUGGUAUUACAAAUACUGCUGAAUUAUAUGACCCAUCAACAGAAACUUGGACACUCACCGCUAAUAUGAGCCAUGGGCGAUAUUUUCACGCAGCAACCGUAUUAACAAAUGGACAAGUGUUAGUUACUGGUGGUGAUGGUACUGGUCCUCCAAACACUGCUGAAUUAUACGAUCCAUCAACAGAAACUUGGACAAUGACUGGUAAAAUGAAUUAUGAACGAGUAUCACAUACGGCAUCAUUAUUAGCAAAUGGAAAAGUGUUAGUUACUGGUGAAGAGGAUGCGCUUGCUGGCCCUCUAAAUACGACUGAAUUAUACGAGCCAUCAACAGGCAUGUGGACAACCGAUGGUAGCAUGCAUUUUGGACGAUUUUUUCACACAGCAUCAGUAUUAAUUGAUGGAAACGUACUAGUUACUGGGGGAGUCAGUGAUAACUAUCAUAUUACAAAUACUACUGAGUUCUACAAUCCAUCAACAGAAACGUUCAUGCCUAUUGAUAAAAUAAAAAAUGUGCCAUCUUCGUACAAACCAUUUAUAUUAACAAGUAAAAAAGUGUUAGCCGAUAGCGAAAAUAAUGGUACAGCGUUUUUCAACACAGAACUACAUUAA